CGAUCUAUCUACCUUCUUUCAGGUCCAGCCGAUCCACCGUCGUGUUGUCCAUAGAGGAUUCUCUCGCUUCUUUCUCCCUAUAUCCUCGCAAUGGACCACUCGAACAUGGACCACUCACAUAUGGAUCACGGCGACCACGGCAUGCCCGGCAUGGGCGGCGGUCACAAGUGCCAGAUGAGCAUGCUGUUCACCUGGUCGACCAAAGACCUCUGUAUCAUCUUCAAAGGCUGGCACGUCACGGGCACAACAUCGCUACUUUUCUCGCUCCUCGCCAUCGUGCUCCUCACGGCCGGAUACGAAGCUGUACGCGAGGUGUCGAGACGAUAUGAAAUAUAUGCGAAGAAUGUGGGGGAAGGGAGGAGGGGAGGGGACGAUCUGAGCAACACGGUCGAAGAAUCGAGCUCAUUACUCAACCCAGGGAGAAGCGGCGGGAGGCCCAGCGAGCAGCAGACACGCAUCGUCAAGGCGGUGCUGUAUGCGGUGCAGGUGUUUUACUCGUUCUUCAUCAUGCUGCUGUUCAUGACAUACAAUGGGUGGGUGAUGCUGGCCGUUGCGGUUGGAGCGUUCGUGGGAUACAUGAUGUUUAGUGAGUCGUCGGCGACCAAGUCGGUGGCUUGCCAUUGA